CUCUGCGGUAUGUGCCAGCGCCCGGAAGCGGCGGGACCGGCGGCGAUGGGUGACGGCGCCGAUACCGGGACCGAGACCGGGGCCGGGGCCGGGGCCGAGCGGCGGGUCCGCAUCGUGGUGGAGUAUUGCGAGCCCUGCGGCUUCGAGCCCACGUACCAGGAGCUGGCGAGCGCCGUGCGGGAGGAGUACCCCGACAUCGAGAUCGAGUCCCGGCUCGGGGGCACCGGUGCCUUCGAGAUCGAGAUCAACGGGCAGCUGGUCUUCUCCAAGCUGGAGAAUGGAGGCUUCCCCUAUGAGAAAGAUCUGAUCGAAGCGAUUCGCAGGGCGAGGAAUGGGGAACCACUGGAGAAAAUCACCAACAGCCGCCCCCCCUGCACCAUCCUGUAGCCCCACAUCCAGCUGGGACCUCCCAGUGGCCUCAGUGCCCCCCUGCUUCGCACCUCGAUGCCUUCCUUAGCUUCCUGUGCGACUGGGAAUGACAUCGGGAGAGCGCGAGAGCUUAAGGAGCCUCCCUGGGAAUGCCACUGGGGCACUGGGGGUGAGAGCCGUGGUGCUGGGGGGGCUGUUCUGGCCUGUCGCUGUGGGUCACAUCCCUGCUGUGGGAUGUAGUGUGGUUCCUCUGCCUGCCUUUGCCUUCCCCUGUCCAGUGUAGGGGGGUUCUUCCCUUCCUCAGCCACUGGGGUGGGGGAAAUUUGGGGGGGCCCUCCAUGAACGCCCUGCCCAGCCCUCGGGGGGGAGCCAGGCUGGGUGUCAGAGGCAACUCCAGCAGGUUAAUGCCGAGGGAAAACCACUUGUUGUAAAGUUUGGUGUGAUUUGUUAAUGAUUAAAGCCUCUCCUGUCACUGUUUAAACCAGUGCGAGGGCAUGGGAACCCCGGCCUGGCCCCGGCCCCACGGCCAAGAGGUUUAUUUAAUGCCACCCCCCAGCUCCCCCCCGGCCCGUUCUCAGGCUCUUGGCUCUCCCUUUCUGCCUGUAAUGACUCUGCCCUUUGCCACGGGGCGGCUGAGCCGGCCAAGGGGCCCCUAUUUAUUCUAUACUGUGUAUAAACCCAGCGGCCCGGCGCUGAAUAAAGGACAGAGGAGAACGUG